AUGAAAACCGAAAAGACGUUCGAACUUGGCAUCAUCGAUGCACCGUCAUUCGUCAUGAUCGGCCAUUGCACUGCUGCAGCAGAUGCGGCAACGUCGCUAGCCAGAAAGGCCGUUCACACCGUCAGGGCACACGGCGAUGCGCCACAGGGUUCGUCCCCGGGGCCGUUUCUAGACUCGCUAGCAGACGUCGGCUCGUCCGACGCGGUACUGCCGCUCGCCGCCGCAACGCGUCGUCGCCGUACCGCCCGCAAUGAUCAUUGUGCGGUAAGCUGCAAAUUGUGUCUGCAUUCAUUGAUUCAAGAACGAGAUGUUACAGUGAAUAUCAACGCUGACAAUGAAAAUGUAGAGGAAGCUAUUACAACCCAUCAGGAACCUAAUGCAACAUCUAUGCCAUCCACCAGUGGAGUAAAACAAAAUAGAAAGAGAGUCAAAGAUAGAAGAAUUGACGAAGCCUAUGACAUAAUGAAGCAAACGGUAAGCUUAAAUACUACUAGCCAAAAACAACGGGAACUGAAAGGGUGA